UAUUAAUGAAAAGGCAAGCUUCAGGUCGUAAAAUUCCUAAUAGAACAUCUUAAUACUUAGGCACACGCUUAAGGCGGGCUGAGGCAUGAGCCGCUGGUAUCAGUAAGGCAUCGAGAGACAUCCAUCGCAUUAUAAAAUGCGAAGGCGCACGCCGUUCUCUUGCCUCUAUCUUUCAUUCUGCGAAGUUGCAACGCCGUCACAACCAUACCCAACGCCACCGCUGCCCUCUAUCUAUCAUCGAUUACUAUCAAGAUACCCCAUCCCGUCCUUCAUCAGGCAACGUGAGAAUUACCCCUUUGGCGUCCAACGUUAGCAUCGGCGCAUCGAGCUGCCGGUCUGGUUAAUUAGUCUUCUGCAGUCUCAACGUCGCGCUCUCCGUACUUUCCCCUUCCAACGCUGCGUACUAGGGUCAAGCUGCAGCAUCCGCAGCCAGCGAUUACCCUGCCCGUCCCACGUCCGGCUGACUGGGAGAGACGUCGGGCGUCCUCCCAUUCCCGUCUCCAUCACCCGACUACCACUGUUGGCUAAGUCGACGACACACAGAGCCGCUCAGCGGCAUCAAAGCGUCCGGCCGACUCAUCAUUUCCCGCCUUCGGACCAUUGCAAUAAUACCAUCUACUCGUCCCCCAUCCCCACCAACAUGGCCUCCCAGGAAGCGGAGCAACAACAGCUCGCCGACGUGAUCUGCGUCGCAGAAGACGGCACACUGGAGUUGUUGGACGUCCACGAGGUUGAGAAGUACCUGGAUGAACAGCCCGAGCCCGGCGUUGCUGUCGACGCGAUCUUCACGGAGAUCGUCCGUUGCAGAGACUCGCUAGAGUCUUUCCAGGUCUGGGUGUCCAAGAUAUGGGACCUCGUGACGGAGAAGAACUUUUGGAAACGGCCGCAUACUACCUUUGAAGCCUGGAAGGCAGCCAACGGUGCUUGCAAGGAAAUCGCCGGGCAGGGGAGGAGCAUCCGAGACCGGAGAAGGGAGGCGAUCCAAGGCCUUAUGAGACUGGGGGCCUCGGGACCGCGUUUCGAACAGCUGCAGAACUUACGCUCGCGGUCGUUUAUAGAGGCCGUUGAGCGCCAGAUGGCGAUGCAUGGAAUAAGCUAUCCGCUCGUCACGGCGCUAGUAAACAUUAAGGCGUACCAUCGCAUUCAACCGGCCGCGGGCCGAGGUCGCAGGGGCGUCCAGAGGACUCAGUCCGCGCAGCCGUGCGAUGUGACCGACCUGGACGUCGUCACGUACCGAACCAUAAGCGAAGAGGAGAUGGCGGCCGCCAGGGUUGAGAUCGGCCUCGACGGCUUCUUCGUCCGGAAAGGGACCGGAUCCCCGCUCAUAGAAGACGGCAAGUUCGACGAGGCUAUCAAGACCUUCCAGGAAGCCAGGCGCGCUGCUGAGCAGACCUCCAGCCUGGCCAAAUCUAAACCCCCCCAGGGGGAGGGGGAGGGCCGCGACGACGACGACGACGACGAACAACUUGCGGCCAAGAAAGAGAAGCCUGAGAUUGUUUUGCACCGUCAUUUUGUCUUCGUCACCAAGUGCGCUUGCACUGCCGAAGUGCCUGACAAGCUCAAGAACGCCCUGGACGGCCUCGGGUAUGAUUGCGGGUACAAGGACGUCGAGCCAUUGAUGUCCCAAGUCCUCCAGGUUGAUGGCCACUUGUGUAUUCGGCACUGCCAGAUCGUUCUCGUGAACGGCCUAGGAGUGCGAGAGCUGCGAGCCAAACGCGACCUGGGCACUUUACACCAGGAGGUCAGCGGAGCCAUCUACCGGCUGAGAACGAAGACCGAGAAGGAGCCAAGCCAAAAAGAGGCCUUUACCCAGAUGAAGGCGGGCCUCGGGUUCUCGUGGGACGAGACUAAUAAGAUCCCCCUGCCAAAACUAAAGGGCAGGAAGCGGAAGGCCACCGGCUCCAGCGGUUCCUCGAGGAAGAAGAGAUAGUGGCAUCUAUGGAUCCUUUUCCUGCCACUCACAAACGCGUCUCCUCUGCUAUAUGCCAAUGUUGCUGCCGCGACUGGGACAAUCACCACUGCUUGCCGCUCACGUUUACGCCACGAAUUUAUGAUCGUAUCUAGUAUUUAGUAUAGUGGCUUUUUUUAGAGUAGGAUUUAAUGAAAUAAAUUUGAGUAUAUGCCCG